GGUGCUGGUGCAUGUGUGUAAACCAUGCAUGGCAGACUGUAGAUCUACGCACAUGCAUGCUGCUUGAUACAGUACUUGUGCUCAUCGUCCUUUUCUAGAUUUCAGUCGUGUAUGAUUGUAGUGUUUUUACUUCCAAUGGAAACUCUCUCUUGGUGAAGGCCAAGGGAAAAGCCGGCCACGAUGGACGAGGACUCAUGGGCUCGUCGCCGAGAUUAUAGUAGGCGCCGUGAGACGCUGCAACAUUCCGACCAGCUGGUGCGCGUUUACGGUGAGCCAGAGGAUCAUGAGCUGCGAGCGAGCGCUAGCGUCGAACGGGAGGCGGCAGGUCGCGACAAUGUGCGCAACUACCGUCACUACCACAUCGGACAGGCCGAAUGCUUGGAGGAAGUCGUCGACAAUGACUUCGACGACGACGACCACGACGACGCAGUGUCUCAAAUUACGAUUCAUACGCACUCGUCGCUCAUGGCCCCCAGUAUGGACAAUAACCCGGGCAGUGAACUUGAUGAUGUUCAUGGGGAAGCUGAGAAUACCAAUCGCGAGGUCCUGGUGAAAGCAGUCAAGAAUCUUCUUCGCUCUAACGUUGGCCCAGACGUAGACGCAGAGUGGGUUGUGAGGGAGCUCGACCGGAAUGGAGUCCGUCUCGGCGAGGUCUAUAGUUUAUUUUCAAGACUUGAAAGCAAGGGUAAACACCUUACGGCUCACAACUUGGUAGCUGCCUUGCUACAGGAGAAUGGAUCCCACAACAGUCCACAGCACGUUAAUAGUCGCAUAGCUGGCGGACAGAACACGGCAGCGACGUCGUUCCGCGAUGCAGAUAGCACCACAGGUGAUGUCAGUCCCCGCAGCUCUGUGCCACCGCCACCGUUGCCAGCUGGUCUACAACGACCACCCCAUGCCUGGUCAACUGCUGCUGCUGCUACUGCCGCUGCUUCUACACGGUAUGGACUACCGGAUGCUAGAGCACACGCACCAGCAACCAAUGCAUCUCCUGCACCAGCGGCUAUGAGAUCACAUGCACCAGCACCCGUGGUAUCACAUCCACUGGCGACUAUAGCGUCAGACACGACGGCGGGGAUCACGUUUGGUGCAAGGUCUGGGCGUAUGGCUCCACCAUGGGGGGACAAUCGGCAUGGCAACCGCCAUGGUAACCAGUACAGUGCAGCAGUGCAUGAAGAUCAGCUAAGUCUCACCUCACCAAGGAUGGCUAGUCAUACCGGGCUAGCGGCUAGCUCUCACUAUGCCAAGAAUAGCAGCGGUAGUGGUGGCAGCAGUAGUGCACAUCUAGCCAACAGCUAUUCCGGACCCACAAGUGUCCGGCAAGCACAACAAUGGGUACUGGAGGAUAUGCAGGCACAACGACAACGUGGUCAGUUCAGUCUGUCCACUGAGGUGCUGGGAUCGGGAUCCGGGCACCCACCCAACUCUCACAGCGCCAAAGACUCCAGGGCUGGAUUUCGAGAACACGCUUCUGCCACGGGUGGCCACCACCAGCCUCAGAUAGCAAACACUGUUGUUAUGGCAGCGGGAAGCAUGCUGCCACAGCAGCAGCAGCCGCAGCAGCAGCAGCAGCAGCCGUAUCCUACAACACCGCCUGACAACGAGUAUCGGUAUCUGCAUCCGCCGAAUCGGCCAUGGCCAGGACAUGUUCAUCAUCAUCAUCAGCAGCAGCAGCAGCAGCAGUCAUCCACGGAGCAUUCAAGUGUAUCAGACAGGUUGCAGCAGCCACCACAGCCGUGGACUCAAGAACCGACAUCGUCAUCAUCUGAUCGGCCGCGGUAUUUGCCCUUGGGUGAUGUGGCACCACCGCAACAGCAAGACCAGAAGCCACAGCAUCAACAGCAGCAGCAGCAGCAGCAGCCACAACAUCCGAUGCAAUUGUUCUCAGUUUUGCGCACCGUACCGGACGUCAGGGGCACCCUGCCUCACCUGCAAGUCGCUUACCAAUCUCCAGUGCAGCAGCCAUUUACAGCGGCCUUUCAGACCUCACCCCCACAGCAAACCCACCGAACCCAGUUUCCACAGCAAUCGGCAUUGCUUCAAGCGGUCGCCAUGGGCAAUGCGGGUCACAGUGGCCUGAACGGCCCGCACGUUCCAGUGUUUGCCCAGCAGCAGCAGCAGCAGCAGCAGCAGCAGCACCCAGUGUACACACCUCACCAGUCACAUGGCGCCAUGCCCUACCAGGAAUUCCCACCUUCCAGCAAGGCAAGACAUGCACCCGAUUCCCUGGCAGCCGGAGCACCAUUAGCAGCGGCCACCGUUCCCAAGCCUACGGAGCACAUCAAAAAGCCGAACAAUGCUUUUAUGAUCUUCAUGAAACUAAAUCGUGAAAAGGCAAAGGAGGAGAAUAAGCAUGUCAAGGAAAGCUCUGAAAUCAACCGCAUUCUCGGAGUUAAGUGGCAAGAGCUGCCUGACCCAAUGAAGGCUAAGUUUUAUGAUCUGGCCAAACUGGAGUGUGAGGAGCACAAGCGCAAGUAUCCAAAUUACUCAGCAAAAGAUAACUACGCAGCCGCCAAGAAAGCGAAGAGAAAGAAGACCACGUCUUCCUCAUCCGGUCCGGAUGGCAAUGGACACAGUAAGAAAUGCCGUGCUACGUACGGUAUGGAACACCAGGACAGUUGGUGUGAGCCUUGUCGACGCAAGAAGAAGUGCAUCAAAUUUCUCGCCGACAAUCAGUCUGCCAUGGCUGCAGAGAAUAGUGGUGAUGAAGACGAAGACCAUGAAGACGCUCCUCGCCAGAAAUUUCCUAACAAGGAUUUAUACGAGAUCAGCGAGGAGGAUGAGGAAGACAAUGAUGAGGAGGAGGAGGAGGAGGCGGAAGAAGAGGAGGAUGAAGAGGAAGAAGAGGAUAUUGUAGAGGAAGACGAGGACGAUUUACCUCCGCAAGCCAAGAGAAUAACGCAGCAGCCCAGCCAGGGGCAGCAGCAGCAACAGCAGCAGCCCAGCCACCAGCCCAGCCAAGGGCAGCAGCAGCAACAGCAACCCAGCCACCAGCCCAGCCAGGGGCAACAGCAGCAACAGCAACAGCAGCAGCAGUCUCCACAGGGCAGGGCAAGGGCUAGCCAGGGGCAGCAGCAGCAACAGCAGCAGCCCAGCCACCAGCCCAGCCAAGGGCAGCAGCAGCAACAGCAACCCAGCCACCAGCCCAGCCAGGGGCAACAGCAGCAACAGCAGCAACAGCAACAGCAGUCUCCACAGGGCAGGGCAAGGGCUGUAGGCACGUCGGAUUGUCCAUUGGGCUUUCCAGACGUUGCCAGCCUUAGCAAGCAAACUGACCAAGCUACCCAUACUCACCAGCUACCCUCGCCGCCUAGCAAUCCCUUUGUCUCUUGUUCUACUGGUGGUGGUGGUGGUGGUGGGUGUGGUGGUGGUGGUGGUGGUGGUGGUGGUGGUGGUGGUGGUGGUGGUGGUGGUGGUGGUGGUGGUGGUGGUAGCGGUGUUGUGGGGAGUGGCGACGUUUGCUGCGGUGGUGGUGGUGGUGGCGGUGGAAAUAGUGCCACUAGCCUCGCGAAGUUCUCUCACGGUGGUGGAGGCUUUAGCGGCAAUGUGACUCUUAGUCGCCCGAGAUUGCCCCGCUCUCCUCCGCCACACGCUACAUGUCCUGCUCCCUCUGCUGCUGCCACUGCCGCAGCACGCCUGGCAGAGCAUGCAGCUGCAUGUGCCGAUGAUGCUGACAUGCUAGUCUGUCACGUGACCAGUCCCAUGGCUGCUGGUGGCAGUGGCCGCGGCGCCGGUAGCACCAGGGCGUUGCUAAGCAACAAGUCGCGUGCCUGUGCGGCGGUCGCUAACGCCGGUGCAUGUGAGCCAGACGUGGGUGGUUACCAUGGCUACAGUGUAUCCAACAAGAGUGGUGGCAGCGUGCCCAUGGAUGUAGUCACAGCUGAUGAUGGUCAUGCUGCCCGUGACCAUGAUGAUGAUGAUGAUGAUGAUGAUGAUGAUGAUGAUGGCUGCUAUGAUGGCGGUGGUGGCGAAAACGAUUGUGUGAGAAGCCCUCUGAAGUGUCGCAGUGUAACCAGCCAUCGAAAGUCGAACAGCUCCCAUAGUUCCCAUAGCAGUGGCAGCAGCAGCGGCAGCCGACGUAGCGGCAGUGGAAGUAGCCGGAGCGGCGUCAGCAGCAGCAGUUUCGGAAGCCGUCAUCGCUGUCCAAGCGAGUCGAGCGGCAGAAGCAGCAGUGUCUUCAGCAGUCGUGCUCGCACCGCCACUAGCAGUAGCAAUAGUGUCUUCAGCAGCCGCAGCCGUAGCAGCAUCAGCAGCAGCAGUCUGAGCAGCCGCAGCCAGCAGCAGCUGCACCGUCACAGGAACCCACACAGGAGCAUGAGCAGCAGUGGCAGCAGCAGCUUGGAGCCAGCGGACAUGACGACGACAACCACCACCAGCACCACCAGUACAUACGUCACUUCCGACGACAGUGACAACACACUGACACAGCUGAAAGGUCAAGAUGGCGGCAGCAGCUGCAAUGGAUCACGUGACGACUUGACGUCGUCUAUGUCAAGUCGAUAA